CGCGGGACCGGCAAACCGACGGGGAAAGCGAAGGCAUGGGCCUUGCGCGCGACAUUGCGAAAGAGAUCAUAGGGGCGCUGGCGGUGCUGGCGCUGGUGUUUCUCGCGUUUGCGCAUCAACCUUUGGCCAUCGCAACCGCCGAUGACGGGCUUUCCUAUUCGGUCGCCGACCUUUCGUUCUGCGGUGGUGCGCCCGGCGAUAAGGGCACCGGCCAUUCGCCCUGCCACGCCUGCCGGGCCGGGCUUGCCGACCUUCCUGCGGGCCCCUGCGUCACCGAGCCCGCUUAUGCCCCCUUUGCUUUGGCCCGGUUUACGCUCGCCGACGACCUGGUGGUCCGACAGCAUCCAUUUUCGCCCCACAAAUCACCGAUGAUCCAUAUAGCUUCCCGCGCGGCGCUUGCCGCCGCAUACGCCCUUGCCAUCGCAUCGCCCGCCAUGGCGCAUAUGACCUUCGAGACCGCGCAAUCGGCGCCGGGCGAAACCUUUCGGGGCGUCCUCGUUUUGCCCCAUGGCUGCGAUGGCGCCCCGACCGACGCGGUGCGCGUGACGCUGCCCGACGGCUUUGCCGAUGUGAGCGCCCAGGCCAAGGACGGCUGGGUGCUCGAAACGUCGGAACACAAUGGUCGGGUGAGCCGGAUCGUCUGGUCGGGCGGUUCGGUGCCCGAUGACGGACACGAGACCUUUGCCUUUACCGGGAAGUUUGCAAGCGAUUUGCCCGAGACCGACAUAUCGUUUGCGGUCGAGCAGAUGUGCGGCGAGGUUUCGCUUGGCUGGGAGCCGGCGGUGAGCCUUGGCGAUGAACCGGCCGAUCAAGGGCACGAUGGCGGCGAUGCCAUCACGGUUGGCGAUCUGGAGCUUUCGGGCGCGUUCGCGCGCGCAACCCUGCCCAAUGCCCCCGUGGGCGGGGGUUAUGUGACGAUCACCAAUACCGGCGAUCGGCCCGACCGGCUGGUUUCCGCGCAAUCUUGGUUUUCGCCCGACGUGCAGAUCCACGAAAUGGCUGUGGUCAACGACGUCAUGAACAUGCAGCACUUGCCCGAGGGGCUCGAAAUCCCCGCCGGGGAAACC